UUGAAGUUUAUGCACAAAACAAAUUGUCUGCGGCAAAUUUUAGUCCCAGUUUUGCAGCAAUAGAUCACAAAAAACCCUUAUUUAAAUACAUUUAGUUAUAUUCGAAAAUGGACUUUGACUUUAACGUGAACGAAGUGUUCAAGGAUCCGAUAACGGAAAUUGAUCACACCAUGUUGCCGACCAACUUUUGUGGUAAAAAAUGCGAAGCUUACGAUGCUGUCAGUCGGAUCACCAAGAUACUGAAUGCGAUGGGCGAAGCCUCGGCCAAGUCUCAGGGCCUGAGGAUUCCGAUCACGACUGUUGAUCGUGUCAGGUAUUCGAACAACAAGAUCUAUUUUAUGGUGGACAAAGACGCGAACGAAGGUAAAGGUGCGGUGACUGGGAUGUUAAAGACAGGCGUUAAGGGACUGUACGUUUUCGAUAAACACGGCCAAUAUCACCAUACAAAUCCGAAGUGUGUGCUGGAUUUUUAUGUGGCGGAAUCACGACAACGAUCCGGGUUGGGGAAGGAAUUGUUCGAUCACAUGCUGAAGAAACAGGCAGUCGUACCGGAGAAGCUCGCCAUCGACAAACCCACUAAUAAAAUGAUCAGUUUUUUGAACAAGCACUACAACCUCAAGGAGCCCAUUAAGCAAAUGAACAACUUUGUAAUAUACAACGGAUUUUUUUCUGAAGGCUCCUGCGAAGGUGAUACUGUUAAACAUACCAAAUUGGGAUCGAAUGGGAUGCAGUACGAAUUGGACACUCAAAACCUGAGAAGCUUUCCGGUUAAGCCUAAUCAGUCUUCUUCAACCAGUAAUCUGAUUGCUCCGGAUGUUCCAAAUUCUGAAACGAAUCGCUCAUCCAGAAGAUCCGACACUGAUCUCAGAUCUUCAGUUAAAUUGCGCCAACUAAAGGCUAAUCAAAGAACUGCUUCAAACGUAUCUCGGCGACUUAACAAUAGGUCGUUCUUAAUGGCCCAACGUAUGGCUAACCAAGAUAAAUCUAUGAAUGGACUUUCAGCCAGAUCCGGUUAUAUUCCGAAUAGUUUUUAUAAAAUUAGCGCCAAUAAUUUGUCUAAUGAAGCUACUUAUUAAUUUCAAAAAAUAUAAAUUACUUUAGAUGUAAUAAUUUAUAAUAAAUAAAUUUACUGUGAAACUA